AACACCUAACAAAUUCACUUCCAAUCUCUCAAUCUUUCUCUGUUUUUUUUAAGGUUCUUUGUUUCAAAAACAAUGAGCACAACAAACACAAAACACAGUUACAAACUCUCAGUGAAAAAAGCCACAAGAAGAACAAGAAGAAGACAAAUGGAAGAAAAAUGCAAGUCCAAGAAGAAGAAGCUCUCACAGAAGCUAAAAGCACUUAAGAAUUUAAUCCCUUCUCACAAUGGAGAUGAAGUCAAAACGGAUGAAUUGUUCAAAGAAACUGCUGAGUAUAUUGUUUUUCUUAGGACAAGAGUUUUCAUUCUUCAGAAGCUUGUUCAGAUUUAUGGAAACAACAAUGAGAAUCAAAUUGAUGUAUUGUUAUAGCUACCUUCACUCUUCUUCAUGCUUCUUUUUUUCUUUUUUGUUUUUUUAUUUUAUUUAAAUGUUCUAUUUAAUUGUCCUUUUGUUCAUGAAGAAAAAUGAGACAAGAUCUUUGUUUUAGUAUUUUUCUUUUCAUUUUUGUUUUUCUUUAAUUUUUCUUUUAUGAUUUUCAUUAGAUUUGUCUAGGUGCUUUAAUAGAGAAAUGUGAUUAUGUUAA